AUGGUUCUUCCAUUCCUGUUCCUGGUUGUGUUCUCAGUGGCUUCUGCCCAGAUCGCAAAACCAAGUGUUUUCAAGCUAGAAGAGAAUCAAAAGCCUGCACUCACUGUAGAGACAAAAAAUGAAGCUAAUCCUGGGGGAGAUAAGGAAUCUAACAAACAGGGUGGUAGUUUCACACCAGGAAAACCAGGGAUGUUAAUUCUGCAAAGACAACCAGGAUAUUCCAACCAGGCAGGGAAACCAGUAAAUGGUCAUCCACAAGGAAAGCCAGAAAGUUUGAACCAGCCUGGGAUGCCAAGUGCUUUGAUUUUGCAAGGGAAACAGAGGGAAUCUAAUCAAAAAGGAAGCAAGCAAGAAGAAUCAGAAUUGUCUAGUCAACAAGGAAAGCCAGGGUCUCCUAGCCAAAAGGGGAAGCCAUCAUUGCCUAAAGACAAGCUAGAGUCUGCUAGCCAAAAGGGGAAGCCAACAUCACUUAGCAACAAAGGCAAGCCUGGGUCUUCUGACCAAGGGAAUUUAGAAUCCUCUAGCCAACAAGGGAAACCGGGAUCCUCUAGCCAACAAGGGAAACCGGGAUCCUCUAGCCAACAAGGGAAACCGGGAUCCUCUAGCCAACAAGGGAAACCAGGAUCCUCUAGCCAACAAGGGAAACCAGAACAUUCUAGCCAACAAAGAAAACCAAGGUCUUUGUAUAAUCAAGAAGAAAGAAAAAAUAUAGAUAACCUUUCAAAGGAUAAUACAAUGGGGAUGCAGGCUGGAAGCAUGAUCAGCAAGGGCCUAAGUGGAAAUAAAAGGUAUGACCCCAUUUACAAGCCAGUUGGUGGUUCUGAUGGAAAACAUGUGGAAACCCCUUUGUAUUAA